CAAAUGGCAGUGGGAAUCACAACCACAACAACGUUGAAAACUUAAAUCAGAACAAACAAAAUGGGAUCAUGGAGGAAUAGUCUAAUGGCGACAGCAAUAGCUUUGAUAAUGGUGGUGGCUAUGGUGGUGGAUGCCGGAGAUGAUAAGGGGAAAGACAAGGAAGGGUGUACGGAGAAGCUGGUGGGUAUGGCCACGUGUCUUCCUUACGUGCAAGGACAGGCAAAAUCUCCGACGCCAGACUGUUGCUCCGGCCUCAAACAGGUUCUUAAUUCCGACAUGAAGUGUCUUUGUGUGAUCAUCCAAGACAGGAACGAUCCUGAUUUGGGUCUUCAGGUCAACGUUUCUCUCGCUCUCGGUCUUCCUUCUGUUUGCCACGCCACUGCUGACAUUACUAAAUGCCCUGCUUUGCUUCACUUGGACCCGAAAUCUCCGGAGGCCCACGUGUUCUAUCAGCUAGCUAAAGGUCUGAACGAAACCGGCCCAGCCUCUGCUCCCACUGGCUCGGCCCCUGAGCCCACCAGCAUGUCUUCGACCCCAGGAUCCGGUGCUGAAGAAGAAGAUCCAUCGACAAAACCACUUGGAAGAUUGUCUGUGUUCUAUUAUGGAGUUGGACAUAUGCUUAAUGACAUUACUGCUUCUUGUUGGUUCACUUACCUCCUCUUGUUUUUAACCCAAAUUGGUCUCUCCCCAAGGGAUGCUGCAAUUGUCAUGCUCUCUGGUCAAGUUGCUGAUGGUUUUGCUACUAUCUUCAUUGGUGAAUUGAUUGAUAGAUUUGGGCAUUUCAAAAUUUGGCAUGCUGCAGGAUCUCUAUUAGUUGCUAUCUCAUUUUCCUCUGUUUUUGGCGGUUGUUUGCCUUGUUCACUCCUCCAUAGUAACUCUUCAACUAUCGAAACAUUAUCGUACAGUAUGUUUGCAGCUAUCUUCAAUAUUGGAUGGGCUGCUACUCAGGUUUCUCACAUGGCUAUGGUUAAUUGCAUUACAUUGAAUUCAACAAGCAGAGUAGCACUAACAAGCUCCCGUAAUGCGUUUAGCAUGGUUGCUAAUUUAGGCUUAUACGCGAUUGCUUUAGUUGUAUUUGGUGUUAGCGAAGCCGUGACAAAAGAAAAUACCGAAACUCAGUAUCGUUGGAUUGCUUAUUCAUCCAUCACCGUUGGCUGCUGCUUUGUGGUCAUAUUUCUUAUGGGGACAAAGGAACCAAGGAUGAAGAUAAAUUUAAGAGAGACUAGCCGAUCAAGAAUACCAUGGUCUUAUUGGUUCCGUAAAAUUCUAUACUAUCAAGUUGCUAUGGUUUAUCUCCUCACUCGACUAGUAUUGAAUGUUUCACAGGCAUAUCUUGCAUUCUUUGUUAUUGACGAUUUGCAAAUGGCUCAAUCGGCUAAAGCUCUGAUUCCCGCAAUAAUCUACAUAUGCAGCUUCGUUGUAUCGGUUAUGCUUCAGGAGAUUCCUUGGAAUGGAAAACGCCUCAAGGCAUAUUAUUGUGCGGGUGGUAUUAUGUGGAUAUUCUGCGGUAUAUCAAUCCUCUUAUUGCCCAGAAGCAUUAACUCUUACAUGUAUGCGAUCUCUGUCUUUAUCGGCAUCGCAAAUGCAUUAAUGCUGGUGACAGCAAUUAGUAUGCAGAGUGUGUUGAUUGGUUCGGAACUCGGUGGAUGUGCUUUCGUCUGUGGGUCAUUAAGCUUCUUAGACAAAAUGUCAUGUGGGCUUGCCUUAUAUGUUCUUCAGUCACAUCAAGGCACUUCACCAAAGGUCGAUGUAAACAUCAAAGAAUAUUUUUACUUCUCGGUGACCAGAUAUGGGUUAGGACUUGUUCCAGCUGUAUGCUCGCUUGUUGGAGUUGUUGUAACAUAUUUUAUGGAACUCGAUAGCACAAUUCUAAAGCCUUUGUGUCAACCGCUACUACUAGAAUGAACAGAAGGAAGAUACGCAACGCCUCUGGUCUGGUAAACACAUAUAGCUCAAACUUGGUUAUUGUUUGACAGUAAUAUGUUUCAGUCUGCUAAUUAUUUGUUCAAUUCAAAAGGAUAGGUUUAUAUCACACUGCGACAGGCAAAACAUUUGUACAAGAAUUACUUCAAGUCAUUAAAAAUUAAUGCAAGUUGAUUUUUAUCAUGUUAUCUGUUCUUUAAUCGCUUUCUUCACUGAAUCUUCCUUGUCUGAUACCCUGAAGAUUUAUAAAGAAUGAGUCUUUGU